CCCAUCUACUCAAACAUCCUAGCUUGUGCAAUUCCAUCCUCUUUGCACCAAAUGAAGUUUAAUGAGCCCAACCUUUAUACACUUGUGUUUCUACAGGUGUUUCUUUUCUUCUCUAUUAGCUUAGCCUCUCUACAAGCUAAUGCUUCUGCAGGAACACAUAUUGAUCAACUUGCUCUUCUCAAGUUCAAACAAGGUAUAGCAAGUGAUCCGCAUGGUAUCUUCAACUCCUGGAAUGAUUCUCUCCAUUUCUGCAACUGGACUGGAAUCACUUGUGGUCGUCGUCAUCAAAGAGUCACCUCCCUGGUAUUAUCAGGGCAGAAUCUGAUUGGAUCUAUAUCACCACAUAUUGCCAACCUCAGUUUUCUCAAGUUAAUCGACCUCGGAAACAACACCUUCUAUGGUGAAAUUCCACAAGAAGUUGGCAACUUAUUUCGAUUACAAGUGCUUCGUCUUGGAAAUAAUUCAUUACAAGGUGAAAUUCCACUCAAUUUGACUCGCUGCUCUAAGCUCAACACAAUUUCUUUACCGUGGAAUAAUCUUGAUGGAAAAAUACCAGCAGGACUUGGCUCUAUGACAAUGCUAGAGAAUAUUCUACUUCAUUACAACAAUCUAACAGGAGAAAUUCCACCUUCUAUAGGCAACCUUUCAUCACUUACAAUGUUUACUGCUAGAUCUAAUAAUUUGAAGGGAAAGAUUCCAAAUGAGAUGGGUCGAUUAAAAAGCUUGAAUCUUUUUGCUGUUGGAGGUAAUAGAUUAUCAGGUAUUGUCUCUCCAUCUCUUUUCAACAUCACAUUUUUUACUUAUCUGGAAGUUUCAAGCAACCAACUUACUGGAAGUCUCCCUGACAACAUUUUCUUCACUCUUCCAAAUCUUCAAAAUCUUAUAAUUGGUGUAAACUAUUUCUCUGGCUCAAUCCCAAAUUCACUAUCCAAUGCAUCUCAGCUUCUAAGGGUUGAUUUUUCUAGAAAUAAUUUUGUUGGAAGAGUUCCCUCUGAUCUUGGAAAUUUACGAAGUCUCUUGUUGCUGAACUUCGAGUAUAAUAACCUUGGAAGUAAUUCAUCCAAUGACUUGCUUUUCUUGACAUCCUUGACAAACUGUAGUAAACUAGAAACCUUGUCCAUUGCAAGAAACAAUUUUGGAGGUGUCUUGCCAGUCUCCGUAGCCAAUUUUUCAACUGGACUCAGUAAGUUAUUUUUGGGGAGAAAUAAAAUCGCUGGAAUUAUUCCUGCAGCAAUGGAGAAUCUUGUCAACUUAAUUGCAUUGGGUAUGGAGGAAAACUUUUUCACAGGUAUUAUCCCCCAUCAGCUUGGAAAGCUUGGAAAGCUGCAGUUUCUGACUUUACAAACGAAUAGAUUGUCAGGUCAAAUUCCAUCCUCCAUAGGUAACCUUACUCAGUUAUCUGCGUUCUCUCUGUUAGAAAACAAAUUAGAAGGAAGCAUUCCUUCAAGUAUUAGAAAUUGCCAACAUUUAUACAGUCUAUAUCUUGCAGAAAAUAGACUAAGUGGAGAGUUGUCGAAAGAAGUUUUAGGCCUUACUUCCUUAUCAAAAGUACUAAACUUAUCUCAUAACUCUUUUUCUGGGAACUUACCAACAGAAGUAGGAAAGCUUAAAAAUCUAAAUACACUCGAUGUCUCACAAAACAAUCUUUCAGGUGAAAUUCCUAGAACCAUUGGAGAUUGCUUGAGCCUAGAAUCUCUUCAUAUGCAGGGAAAUUUUUUCCAAGGAACUAUCCCUUCAUCUUUAGCUUCCCUUAAAGGCCUUCAAUAUUUAGAUCUUUCACAAAACAACUUGUCAGGACAAAUUCCAAAAGAUCUCCAAGCAAUCUCUUACCUCCAGUACUUGAAUCUUUCUUUUAAUGAUCUUGAGGGAGAGGUACCAAAAAAAGGAGUAUUUGCUAACGUCAGUGCAUUUUCACUGAUUGGGAAUAACAAGCUUUGCGGUGGUGUCCCAGAACUUGGUUUGCCAGAUUGCCCGACUAGAAUCAUGAAGAAAAUGAAAUCCCGUACUCUUAAGCUAGUAAUUGCAAUUGCUUGUGGAGUUUCAUUUGUGGUUUUGAUAAUGAUUAUUUUUCUCAUUUGCUGGAUGAAAAAAUUAAGAAGCAAGCCUUCUUCUGCAUCCUCAGCGAUGAAUCACCUUUUAAAGGUAUCUUAUAAAGACCUUUAUCAGGCAACAGAUGGAUUCUCUUCUUGCAAUUUAAUUGGUUCAGGUUUCUUUAGCUUUGUGUAUAAAGGAUUUCUACCUCAAGUUGAAGGAGAAGUAGCUAUUAAGGUACUCAACCUGGAGCAAACGGGUGGCAUUAAGAGCUUCAUGGCUGAAUGCAGUACACUGGGGACUAUAAGGCAUCGAAAUCUUGUUAAGCUCAUAACAUGUUGCUCCAGCAUAGAUUACAAAUCUAAUGAAUUCAAAGCUUUAAUUUUGGAAUAUAUGGAGAAUGGAAGCUUAGAAAAGUGGUUGCAUCCAAGUGAAAAUCAGCCAAGAAGCUUGAACCUUCUUCAGAGGCUCAAUAUAGUCAUUGAUGUAGCAUCAGCUUUACAUUAUCUACAUGACCUUUGUGAAAAGCCAGUCAUUCAUUGUGACCUAAAGCCGGCCAAUAUUCUGCUUGAUGAAGAUAUGAUUGCUCAUGUAAGUGAUUUUGGCCUAGCAAAACUCUUCAAAAUCAACAACGAUUCAUCUCUACGUCAAACAAGCACAAUUGGAAUCAAAGGAACUGUCGGUUAUGUUGCUCCAGAAUAUGGAAUGGGUUGUUUAGCAUCAAAAGAAGGAGAUGCUUAUAGCUAUGGGAUUCUUGUGUUAGAGAUGUUCUCAAAUAAAAGACCAACUGAUGAAAUGUUUAAAGAGGGUUUAAAUCUUCAUGAUUUUGUGAAGGCAGCAUUACCGGAAAGACUCUUGCAAAUUAUGGAUCCAGCCAUUCUUCCUGGAGAAACAGCAGACGAUGGAAUAAUGGAAGCAAAGGAAACCAAUCACCAUGGGAACCUGAGCCAUGUUAUAGCAAAUGUGAGACAGUGCCUUGUUUCAAUACUUGAAAUUGGAGUUGCAUGUUCAAUGGAGUCCCCUAUGGAGAGAAUGAACAUGGCAGAUGUCAUAAAGAAGUUGCAUCUGAUAAAAGAGACUUUUCUUGGAUUACCAAAUGAACAGUGAUUGAGAGGUGUUCAUCGUUUCAAGAGAAGUCAUAAGAAUGAUCUACGCAAAUCUAUCUUCUCACCUAUUAUCUGUUUCCAUAUGUAGUCUUGUUUUUGUUUUAGUUGAUCGACAAUGUAUGAAUUCUUGUGAUAUUAAAUAGAUGCUUGACUUGGGCAAUUUGUCCUCAAAGUUUAUUUUGAGUAACUUGACGUUAUCUAUUAUCAAUUUGAGGCAUCCUUUGCCCAAACCCAUCUGAGAUAAAGACGACAAGAGGCUGCGAAAGAACUUCCUUUGCAAGUAUGGUUAUUCAUAGAUUUGAUUCCACCUUUACUCCUUGAAGCUUCCAUCAAUAUGAAUAAAGUGGCCUUCCAAUUUCAAUUUGCAUUGGUAAUUUUCAAUUUUAAUUUU